GCACGCGUCGUCGCUGUGUGCAGCGAGAUCUGGUCUGGAAGCUUCUGGAGCCGCAGUGCAGUGGUGUGUUUAUAAUAGCGGAACUCAUGCACGUUAUUAUUACUACUGCUGGGAAACUUUUUGACACACGGCCAUAUAACUUAUACUAAUACUAAACACAGCGUUUCAAAGAUGGCAGAAGGCAGAGGUAACAGGCAUCGCCCCCGUAAUUUGCAAGGUGUGCUUCAGAUGGCUGUGGAGGCCGGUUCUGCUUCUGAAGAUCCAGCUCCACGAGAACCCAUGACGCAAGAGAGGAUGGAGUUUCUAAGAGGAGCUCUUGCGGAAGUGUGUAAAGGACAGAUGGAUGAGGUCGAGCAGAUGAAACGCUGUUUGGAAGUGCUGUGUAGAGAUGAAUGCAAGGAGAGAGGGAGCGAGGAGGAAGAGGAAGAGGAGGAUGAGCGAGAGGAAGCGCUGGAAAUGCUUUCUGAGCUCUGCGAGAACUUGGACAACGCAAGAGAUCUGAUGAAGCUGGGCGGUCUGGAUUUGUGUAUGUCGCGGUGUCUCUGUCACUCCGAGGCCGGGAUUCGAUGGAGGGCGGCUCAGCUCAUUGCCAGCUGUGCCCAGAACAUGCCAGAGGUGCAGUUCUACCUGCUCAACCAGGGGGCGCUGCUGCUGCUCCUGCAACUCACAGAUCAUGACGCAAACAGCACUGUUAGAGUUAAAGCACUCUACUCAGUGUCCUGUUUAGUGCGGGAACAGGAAGCAGGUCUGCGGGACUUCCUGUCACAUGAUGGCUUUUCAGUGCUGAUGAGGGGGAUGCAGUCAGACAGUGAGAAACUGAGAACUAAAUCAGCAUUCCUUCUGUUAAACCUUCUGACCUGUCAUCCAGAACACAAAGAUACAGUGUUGUCUAUGGGGAUGGUUCAGCAGCUGGUGUCAGUUCUUCGCUCCCCUCAUUCCUCUGUACAUGAACAUGUGCUAGGUGCCCUCUGCUGUCUGGUUGAGGACGCUCCCCGCGGUGUGAGCGAUUGCAGAGAUCCAUCGCUUGGCUUGGAGGAACUGCUCAACCAGCAAGUGCAGGACCUAAGGGGGCGAGAGGAGAGCCUGGAGGAGCUGGAAUUUUGUGAACGUUUACGAGUGGCUUGUUUCCAAGGGCAACCCCAGGAGGAUAAUGGAAUGGAUCGCUGAGGUCUUAUUGGCGAUUCCUGCUACGCAGUGAUAGUCAACACAAAAGAAGCGACCUGAGUUUGAAUUCCCUUUCUGUUCAAGAGAGAAAUAAAAACUAGAAAUAUACUUUUAAAAAGAGAAAAAGUGACGUUUAACUCUGAAUUUUCAGAGUUCAGUUUGGCUAUGUGUGCUCUUGCAUACUCGUAUACCAUGAACUGUACAAAAACACUGUUGUGUUAUAUUAUGAAUAUGUACAUUUUGUAUAAUAUGUCAGUUUGUUAUUGUAAAUGAUGUGCUGUUUAGGGUCAACUUGUUUAUUUUUCCUCUUUACACCUGAAGAACCAUACAAAUGCAAAGCCAUAAUGUAGAACUUCACGUCAAUAUAAAAUAUUUCGUAAAUUUUUAAGUAAAUGUUAAAGUGUAUUGAUACAAGCCCCUGUCCAAGUUUAAUUCUGAUCUAAACAACAAAAACAAAACAUGGUAGUGAGUUCCAAGAUUCAGAAACAUAAAAACACCUGCACAAAUAUCUGCUGUUUCACUAUUGCAUAAUGAAAUGAUUGCAUGAAACAGCCACAAUGAAUUUUUGGACUUCGUAUUUUAGUAUUGUCCUGGGCUGCA